CUCCACGCGGAGGACGCUGCCCGAGGCCUCCUCCCCCAGACUCCCUUCCUGGCUUGCGGGGCCCCGGCGCACCCAUUAAGGGGAUCCCGGUUUCGGUGCUAGGGCCCCCGAGAACGUGCGUAAAACCGGAGGCUGAAGUGCAGCUAGGGGUGAGACGUUUACACAUAUACUGAGGGCCUGGAGCUGAGAAGGGGCCGGCAUGGCCAGCAUCACCCAGCUGUUUGAUGACCUGUGCGAGGCCCACCUGCCCGCCGCGAAGGCUCACCUGGGCCAGCACGGCCUGGACCGGAGGAAGGUAAAGCAGAGCCUCAAGAAGGUGGCCUACAACAUGCUUUUCACAAAUCUCUUUCAAGAUGAGACUCAUAAGCUACAGCCUGACCUCUCUAAACUCCCAGUGAAAAACAAGAUCCUCAUGCUGUCCUUCAACUUGAGAGUGGGUGGCCUGGGCCCGGAGGCAGACCGUUUGGAGGACCUUGUGGAGGAGCUCGAAGCUGCCCGUUGGUGUCCGCUCGUGGAAGUGUUGUCUGUUUUGGACCUCCUGGUUCAGCUCGCAGGGAGUGGUCCCCCUCAAGUACUGCCCCCAAAACGGGACUACUUCUUUAACAACAAGCACGUUGGGAGAAAUGUUCCGUACAGCGGCUACAACUGCUAUGACUUGAGUGUGUCUGAGAUGGACAUUCAGUCCAGGAUCUCCAGAGAGGAGUAUUUGUGUCACGAUAUGGUUCAGAAAACACUUCAGCUGAUGGAGGCCGCACCCGGCACCGGCCUGCUCACCUUUGGACGCUUCUCAUACGGUGACUCUUGGAACAAGUUUGAGAGAGACACCCGGGCCUCCCUCUUCGGUGCCCUCGUGCACAGCCGCACGUUGGACAUGGACGUCCAGCUGGACCUGCCCCCCGUGCCAGACAGCGCAGACCUAUCUGGACUUGCCAUUAAAGUUCCUCAGAGCACAGAUCAGUCGGAAGAUGAAGGGUUCCAGUCAGCGUCUAAUUUGACUCCUGACUCCCAGUCUGAACCAAGCAUGACCCCGGACCUGGACCUGUGGGAGGCCGUGCUCACCUACGAGGCCAGCAGGCGGCGCUGCUGGGAGAGAGUCGGGUGUCCCCCUGGCCACAGAGAGGAGCCCUACCUCACCGAGGCGGGAAGAGACGCCUUUGACAGGUUCUGCAGGCUCUGCGAAGAGGGGUUGCAGGUCCUCGGCGGCAGCCUCCUCCCGGCCCCGCAGCGCGUCCUGGUGCGAGAGUGUGAGCUGGUGAAGGAUGCGCUGAACGUUCUCAUCGGGGUUGUGUCUGCCACAUUCUCACUCAGCCAGCCGACACAGGCCUUCGUGGUGAAGCCAGGUGUGUACGUGUCGGGGACAUCCCCUGAGAGCAUGCGCAGCCUCCUGUCGGAGGUGGCCGCGUGCGGGACCUACUACGUGCGCCUGAGCCGCUUCUCUCUGCAGCCAGCGCUGGACGCCACGUGCAGCAAAGGCCUCGUGUUUCAGGCCUUCACUAGCGGUGUGAGGCGGUACCUGCAGUACUACCGGGCCUGUGUGCUCUCCACCCCGCCCACCCUCAGCCUGCUGGCCAUUGGUUUUCUCUUCAAGAAGCUCGGCCGGCAGCUCAGGUACCUGGCCGAGCUCUGUGGUGUCGGCACCGGGCUCCCUGGGACUGGUGGCGGAGGGCCCAGGACUGCGUUCCCAACUGGCGUGAAGCUACUCUCAUACCUGUACCAGGAGGCCCUGGACAACUGCAGCAACGAGCACUACCCGGUCCUGCUGUCCCUGCUCAAGACCAGCUGUGAGCCCUACACGAGGUUUAUCCACGACUGGGUGUACAGCGGGCUCUUCCGGGACGUCUAUGGCGAGUUCAUGAUCCAGGUGAACCACGACUACCUCAGCUUCAGAGAUAAGUUUUACUGGACCCACGGCUACGUGCUGAUUUCUGAAGAAGUGGAGGACUGCGUCCCUGUGUUCUUAAGGCACAUUGCCAAUGAUGUGUACGUCUGUGGGAAGACCAUCAACCUGCUGAAGCUCUGCUGCCCCCAGCAUUACCUGUGCUGGUCUGACGUCCCCGUUCCUCGGAUCUCGGUGAUCUUCUCCCUGGAGGAGCUGAAGGAGAUUGAGAAGGACUGUGCCGUGUACGUGGGGCGGAUGGAAAGGGUGGCACGCUACAGCUCAGUCAGCAAGGAGGAGAAGGAACUACGUGUGGAAAUCGCAAAACAAGAGCUGAUCGUCCACGCCCGAGAGGCAGCGUCCAGGGUUCUGAGCGCCCUGAGCGACCGGCAGGUGUCCGAGCGCGCGGCCUUGGAUGCCCGGAAGCGAGAACAGUUUCAGAGGCUGAAAGAACAGUUUGUGCGAGACCAGGAGCGGCGCCUGGCGGCUAGACAGGAAGAGGCCAACGACGACUUCAGCUACGCCUGCGAGCUCCGCCAGAGGGAGAAACGGCUGCAGGCCUUGGAGGAGGAGCUGGAGCGGAGGACGAGGCAGGCGCUGGUCGAGCACUACAGCCGGCUGUCGGCGGAGGCGGCGCGCCGGGAGCAGAAGGCUCUGUGGAGGCUACAGAGGCGCAGGCUGGGUGAGGCGCGGCGCCGCUUCCUCCUGGCGGAUCAGACCCGCCUGCAGGAGCUGCUGAAGGCCAUGUCUGAGGGGAUGUGCUCGCAGGUGCUGGAUGAGCUCCCGUGUGCUGAGCACUUGCUUGGGACAGGGGUGGCCCUUCCUCAGGCCCCGUCCCCAGAUGUGGAGCCCCCAGGUGGAGGCCAAGGCCGUGAUCCCUCACCUGCAGAAGAGCAUGGGGUUGUCCCAACACCCUGGCCCCGGGGGUCUCCUGCAGUGGGGGCUGAACCUCUCUCUGCUGACCUCAGCAUGCAGGACUUCCUGCCCACAGGCCUGGGGGUGGAGCAGCCUGCAGAGCCCAGUGUAGCCUGUGUUCCAGGGGGGGCUCCUCUCUUGGGGGAAGCCCAUGUUUUAGGGGAGGCCCCUUUCCCAGGGGAGGCCCCUCUGCUGGAGCAGGCUCUGUGGACCGUCAGCUCAGACCUGCCUUCCCUGACUCCAGAGGAGGUGCCCGCAGCAGCCGGCACACAGCCCCCCCAGGUGCAAGAGUACGAUUUUAGUACCAUCCUGAGGCCGGCUGUGGCUGCCUUGGCCCGUCUGGAAUCCCUCCAAGCUGCAGAGGGUGACUCAGGCAGCGAGGGGCCACAGCUGCAAUGGCACACGAAGCUGGAUGCCUGGGUCCCUGAAGUGCCGGCGGCUCUGCCUCACCCAUCCUCACCCAGGCCUGGGCCUGCCAAUGAGGGGAGCACCGGGCCCCAGGAUCAGCUUCUUAGGCACGUGUCUGAAGGCAGUGUUCCCUCAGUGGGUCAUGCUUCUGAAACAGCUCCCUCCCGGCCACGGUGGAGCAUCCACAGCCACGUGUCGGAUGCUAACAUCAAGAUUGGGGAGAAUGUCUCAGAUGUAGCUCCCUCCCGGCCACGGUGGAGUAUCCACGGCCAUGUGUCUGAUGCCAGUGUCAGGAUUGGGGAGAAUGUCUCGAACGCGGCUCCCUCCCGGCCACGAUGGAGCAUCCACAGCCAUGUGUCUGAUGCCAGUGUCCGGAUUGGGGAGAACGCCUCGAACGCGGCCCCCUCCCGGCCACGGUGGAGUGUUCACGGCCACGUGUCUGAUGCCAACAUCAGGGUUGGGGAGAACGUCUCGGAUGUAGCCCCCUCCCGGCCACGGUGGAGUGUUCACGGUCACGUGUCUGAUGCCAACAUCAGGGUUGGGGAGAACGUCUCGGAUGUAGCCCCCUCCCGGCCACGGUGGAGCAUCCAUGGCCACGUGUCUGAUGCCAACAUCUUGGUUGGGGAGAAUGUCUCAGACGUGGUCCCCUCCCGGCCACGGUGGAGCAUCCAUGGCCACGUGUCUGAUGCCAGCAUCAAGUUUGGGGAGAAUGUCUUGGACGCAGCCCCGUCCCGCCCACAGGGGAGUGUCCACACCUCCCAGCCCCACACGAUGCUGGGUGUGCUCUUGGAGGAAGCAGAGCCUGAGAUGUCCGGGCCCCACCUGAGCCCUUCUGGCCACAUGGUCCAGUCAGACCUGGGAGCACAGAGCCCCUCCUCGGAACGUGAGCCACAUCCGCCUGCAGAGACAACACCAGGGCCCUUGGACCCCUCCCUAGCUCCGGUGGCCACCUCGGGCCGUGCAGAGGAGGGUGGCCUCCGGGCUGAGCCCUGUGCUGCGACCAGGCCCGGCGCCCCCGAGGAGCAGGGUUCUGAGGGCCCCAGGAGCAGUGGCAAUAGCAGCGCCCCCUCUCCAGGUCGGCCCUCAAGUCCACAGGCAGGUGAGGCUGCCCAGGGUAGCCCAGGACCUGGUGAGGGCAGGGAGGAAGGGGCCUACCUGGAGAGCCUGGCAGCACGGUACCGCCUGGAACAGUACCCCGACAGCUACCAGGCCAUGUCAGAGCCUCCGGCCGCCCACCUCCUGCCCCAUGUGCUGCCUCGCUCCUCCUCCUUCCCCGCGGACCCUCAGACCCAGCCUGGCACAGAUGAGACUGCAGUGCAGCUGAGCGAGCUGCUGACCCUGCCCGUCCUCCUUAAGCACUCCAUCUCCGCCCCGUUGGCUGCCCAUGUCUCCCUGGUGAACAAGGCUGCUGUGGACUACUUCUUCGUGGAGCUCCACCUGGAGACGCACCUGGAGGCCCUGCGGCACUUCGUGCUGAUGGAGGAUGGCGAGUUCGCCCAGUCUCUCAGUGACCUGCUCUUUGAGAAGCUGGGGUCGGGGCAGACGCCCGGGGAACUCCUCAGCCCGCUGGCCCUGGGCUCUGUGCUGAGCAAGGCCCUGCAGUACAGCCUCCACGGGGACAGCCCCCUCGCCGCCAACCUCUCCUUUGCCCUCAAGUUCCUGCCUGAGGUGUUCAGCCCCAACACCCCCGAUGUGCUGAGCUGUCUGGAGCUCAGGUACAAGGUCGACUGGCCCCUCAACAUAGUCAUCACUGAGAGCUGCCUGAACAGGUAUGGCCGCAUCUUCUCCUUCCUGCUGCAGCUGAAGCUCAUGACGUGGACACUGAAGGACGUCUACAGCCACUUCAAGCGCACAGCACUGGUGAGCCAGGCGGCAGGCUCGGUGCAGUUCCGCCAGCUGCAGCUGUUCAAGCACGAAAUGCAGCACUUCGUGAAGGUCAUCCAGGGCUAUAUCGCCAACCAGAUCUUGCAUGUCACAUGGUGUGAGUUCAGGAACAAGCUGGCCACCGUGAGCACCCUGGAGGAGGUCCAGCGGGCCCAUGCUGAGUAUCUCAACAAAGCUGUCUUCCGGGGCCUGCUGACAGAGAAGGCUGCACCUGUCAUGAACGUCAUCCACAGCAUCUUCAGCCUGGUCCUCAAGUUCCGCAGCCAGCUCAUCUCCCAGGCCUGGGGCCCCGCUGCCCGCCCCCGGGGUGCUGAGCACCCCAACUUUGCCCUCAUGCAGCAGUCUUACAACACCUUCAAGUACUACUCCCACUUCCUCUUCAAAGUGGUGACAAAGCUGGUGAACCGCGGCUACCAGCCCCACCUGGAGGACUUCUUGCUGCGCAUCAACUUCAACAACUACUACCAGAACGCCUGACAGCCGGCUCGUGCUCGCUGCGCGGGAGGCAGAGACCACCCAGAAACCCUGA